AUGACAGGUUCUGGAAUCUUCAUCUCACCACGAGGGGUGGUGUUCUACUCGGGCAGCGUCGGCAUGACCCUGGCGGUCUGGCUGGCCUGUGGGGUCAUUUCGCUGUUAGGAUCUUUUUGCUAUGUAGAGUUGGGACAGAUAAUAAAAUCGUCUGGGGGUGAUUACACCUACCUGCUAAAGGCCUACUGUCCCGCUGUAGCAUUCCAGUACUCGUGGAUCGUAUGCACGCUAAUGAAGGCAGGCGCGCAAGCCACGUUGAGUCUGACCUCUGCCGAAUAUUUGCUGACCCCCAUGUACACCACUUCUUGUGGCGGACCGCCCUGGCUGGCCGUCAGAUUGGUCGCCACCAUUCUUUUACUUGUUCUUGCGUGCGUGAACAUGUUCAGCGUGGGGUGGACGAACAAACUUCAAAUUGUUUUCACGUUUACCAAACUGGCUGCUGUGUCUCUGGUGGUCGUCGGUGGCCUCGUCAUGUUGGCUCAAGGUCAUACGGAGCACCUGACAACCGGAUUCGAAGGAACCAAUUGGGAUGCAGGAUUGUUGAUUACGUCAUUUUACAGUGGCAUGUGGGCCUACGAUGGAUGGAAUGCAGCAAACUUCUUGGCCCAGGAAAUGAUUAACGUUGAAAGAAACUUACCACUGGCGAUUAUGAUUGGUGUGCCUUCGGUUGUGGUCAUCUACGUUUUCAUGAAUGUUUCCUACUUCAGUGUGCUCAGCGUUGAGGAAAUGACUUGGGCCUCUCUCGUUCUACCGCAAUCAGCAGUUUGGAUCAUGUCAAUCUUUGUGGCAUUCUCAUCGUUUGGUACCUGUAAUGCUAGUAUGUUCGCUGGUGCCAGGUUGAUAGGGACGGCCGCCCGUAACCGUCAUAUGCCCGUUGUACUGUCCAUGGUUCACCAAGAACGGUUCACACCUAUCCCCGCUAUUAUCAUAACAAUAAUAGCCAUAUUCAUAGGCAGCAUAUCAACACUAAUCAACUUCAGCAGCUUCUUCUUGUGGCUGUUCUAUGCUCUCAAUUUCCUCGCUGUUAUAAUACUCAGAUAUACAAAUCCUUAUAAAAAUAUUGAAAGAAAAAUAAAGAUUCCCAUAGUUAUCCCAAUCAUAUCCUUCGUCUGCUCUCUUUUCCUGGUCUUCAUCCCGCUCAUUUUAAAUCCAGAAUUCGGAUACUUUUUCGGACUGGCCUUCAUCUGUUUGGGAUAUGUCCUGUACGUUCCGCUCGUUCAUUUCAACCUUAAACUUUCUUUCAUGGAUAAACUUACAAGGUUCCUGCAAAAAUUCUUCAUGGUGUUUCAAGCGACUGAAAAAUUAUUAUGA